CUAGGGCGGGCGCCUACACGAGCCAGAGCUCAUGACCCGGCGCGGCCCAAACUGGUGGGGUAGUGACCUGAAGGACCCGGCACGGCUUUGUAAUAAAACACCAGGAAUGUGCACACUUGGCUAGGUGGUUGUAGCAGCUGGAGGCAUGCAGCAUCAGCCGGCCUCUCCCGCGCUUGCCGCCCUUUUUGAGCGCCUUGCCGCCGCGCCGAGCGAGUGGCUGCAGCACAGCAGCCGAGUCCGCCGGCCCCCUGCAGCUGCUACUGCUGCAGCUACUGCUGUCGCUGCUGGCGACGAGCAAAAUUUUGAGCGGCGGCUGUCGCGAUUGCAGCAGCAGCGGCAGUCGCAGCAGCGCGGCGCCGCGGCCGGCGGUGAGCGCGCAGGCCCGCACAGCAGCGGCGGCGGCGGCAACGCAGACACUGUUGGUUAUGCAGCAGCAGCAACAGCAGCAGCGGGCGGUGGUGGAACCGGGAAUGUUGGGGUUGGCGAGGGAAGUGAGGCCGGCAAUGAAGAGGAAGAGGGCGAGGGGGAGGAGGAGGACGAAUCGGGACUGGGCUCGGUGGCGGACCGGCUGACGGAGCAGCUGAGGGCGGCGGUGGCGGACACACUGGUCGCUAGCAGCCUGCAGCAGCUGCAGCGGCAAGAGGAGGGGGAGGGGCAGCGGGAGGAACGGGGGCAUGGAGCGGGGCAGCAGCUGCUGUUGUCGGCGACAUCGGAGCCGGCGGCGGCUGGGAGUGAGGGCGCUGGUGAUCGACCCAUGGCGGCCGCCGCCGCCUCCACACCCAAAGAGCCGCCGGCUGGCCCCCUGGCGUCAUCAUCCCCGCCGCUGCCGCUGGCAGCGCCGCCGCCGCCGCCGCCGAGGCACCUGCUGGGGGCUUGCAGUGUGGUGGCGGUGGUGCCGCGGGCUCUGGGGCGGGCGCAGGUCAGACUGCUGCUGAGGCAGCCGCAGCAGCAGCCGCGGCCGGAAGCGUGGGAUGAUGAUGAUGAUGAGGAGGAGGAGGAGGAGGAGGAGCACAAGGAGGAGCAGCAGGCGGAGAAGGCGGAGGCCAGGCGGCGGCGGCGGCGGAGAGCGAGGCGGAAGCAGCAGCAGCGGUGCCAGAUGGGUGGCGAGGAAGGGGCCGCCGCCCUUGGCAACGAGGACGAGGACGGGGACGGCGCGAGGAUGGUGCAGUUGGGGUCAAGGGCGGGAGAGGGCGGCCGUGUGGGGGGCGGCGGAGGUGGCGCUGUGGAGGAGGGCGAGGAGCUGCGGCUGCGUUGGUUCGCACAGGCCGCAGUGGUCUGCCUGCCGGCCGCCGCCAUCACCACCGCCGAUUCGGAGCCCAGGGGCGGCGGCGGCAGCGGCGGCGCGCGGCGGCGGCGGCGCGGCGCGGCGCUCAGUGGCGGUGUGGUGCGGGUGGCGCGGCUGUGUGUGGCGGCGGAGGGGGCGCCGGCGGAGGCGUCGGAGCCCGCACAGCGGGGCAUGUGGAGAGUGCCGUGGGAGGAGUACGGGCUGCGGCUGGUGGACGUCACCUGCGGCGGCGGCGGCCUGGGCACAGUGUCGUACGGCCACACGGGCGGCCUGACCGCCGUCGAGCCGCCGCCGCCCUGGGGGCUGUCGCACCUGGUGUUGACCACCUUCCCGGACCGCAGGCCGCUGCAGGCGCUGCAAACGCGGCUGGAGGGCGCGGGCUGCUUCCGGCCCCUGCCGCGCCGCCUGUCACAACUGGGGCCGGCGCUGGAGGCGCAGUUGGUGCAGGCGGCGCUGGCGGGCGCCCUCGCAGACGCCAAGGCGCAGCUCCGGGCCGCUGUGGCCGCGCAUACACACACCCGCCACGACACCGCCCCCGACACCCCCGCCACAGCCCCGCCCAGCCCUUCACACCACAGCUCCCAGCCCGCUGCGGCAGCAGCACCAUCAGCCCCUGCUACUGCUACUGACACUGCUACUGCUGCUGCCGCUGCUGCUGUUGUUGGGCUGCACGUGGGUUCGUUUCUGAUGGGGCGCCUGGAGUGCCGGCUCAAUGUGGCACUGCCGGCGGUGGCGGACGCGCUGGCAGCCAUUUGCAGGCGCGCCGCCAACCCCCAUCUGGCGCCGUACGCCUGCCGGCGGCUCAACUGCCGCGGCGAGGCCGAGCUGUCGGACGCCCUGUACGGAGCAAUGUACGACAACAUCUCCAACCGCCACAUGGCGGUUGGUGCGGCGGCGACUGCUGACGGCGGCGGUGGUGCCGGCGGCGGCAGGCGGCGGCGCAAGCGAAGCCGUGCCGGCGGCGGUGGUGCUGGGCUUGCGGGGGAGGAGGCGGGCGCGGCGGGAGACGGGAUGUUGGUGGAGGAGGGAGCUGAGGUGCUGGUGCUUGGAGGCGCGGGUGGUGGUGUUGGGGGCGGGGAGGGGCUGGAGGGAGGCGAAGAGCCGUGGGGGGGAGACGAAGAGCCAUGGGAUGGGGAAGAGGAGGAGGAGCAGGGCGGCUGGCGACAUGAUCAGGCGGAGGAGGAGGAGGACGAGGGCGAUGGCGGCAGUGGUGGGCGUGAGUGGGAGCACGGAGGCGGCGGUGCAUACGGGUACCAAGAUGUUGGGUAUGGGCCGGGUGGUGAGGGCGAGGAGGAGGAGGGGCAGGGGGGCGGGGAGCGGUGGCGGCGGCAAGGUGGGGUGGGGCGGCGCCCGCGCGGCCGGCGGGGGCGCCGGAGGCCGGAUUGGGAGCAAGAGGGGGAGGCGGAGGAGGAGGAGGAGGAGGUGGUGGAGGAGGAGGAGGAGGCGGUGGAGGAGGCGGAGACAGACGGUGGCGGCGCUGCCUGGCAUGGCGAGGACGAUGAGGGUGCGAGGGCGGGUGUGGGAGACUACGGUCCAGGCGUUGGGGGCGGGUACGAGGAGGAGGAGGCAGGUGUGGGGGUGGAUCUGGAGGCCGAGGCUGCGUGCGAAUGGUACGCCGGUGGCGGCACGGCGGGUGGCGGGCAGGAGGGCGAGGACGAGGAUGGGGAGGAGGAGGAGCAGACGCAGGAGCCAUUUGCCGACGAGGAGGAGGAGGAGGAUGGUAAAGAGGCCCGGCAGCAGCACAGGCAGCAGCGGCCUGCUACUGCCGCCACUGGUCACCACGCGGCGCCCGGCCCUGCUACUGCCGCAGGGGGUCGUGCAGGUGGAGGCGGUGGUGGGGGUGGUGGGGUUGGGGGUGGUGGGCUGCAGCCGCGGCAUGCGGUGGCGGCGGUGGGUGCCCUGCUGGGUGUGCAGCCGCUGCACGUGGCGGUGCGGGCGGAGGAGGAGGAGGACGGGGACGACUGGGCGUUUUGAUGGCGCCGCAUGGCGGGAGGGAGGUCCGGCAGUGAUACGGAUGAGGGGUAUGUAUGUAUGUGUGUAAAACAGUGCGUGGACAUUACUCACGUCAGCGACAUUUAAGUGCCGAGUGCUGACAGCUGACUGCCUGCUGAUUCUAGAUGUGAGCAGCAGAGGAGCGCUGUGUACGGUGACAGCGUGGCGGCAACCGCCCCAACUCCCAACGAACUUCCAAAAUGAUAGGAUCCACAACGAUACUGCACCCAAGUGCUAACGGAUGACAGGGGAGCUGCGCUGGCGGUUGGCACGGCACGCGACUGGGAGCAGGGUAGCUGUGCAGGGGGCUGGGGGUGAGCUGAUAGUUGGCACGGCACGCGACUGGGAGCGGGUAGUUGUGCGGGCGGCCAGCUGCGAGGACGAUUAAUGUUCAGGGGCAAUAUUAUAAAUGGCGGGGCUGCGAAGCUGGCUGUUGGCGCGGUGCACGGCCGGGAGCUGACGGUUGCGCGCGGUGUCGUUUGGGAAGCCUCGUGUGAGCUGCGUGUAAACUUAGUUGGGA